AUGGCCGCACCAUCAUCAUCUCAAGACGUUUUCUACACGCCACCAACGCACAGGCAGCAGAGCCAGACCCCACCACCUCCGUACAGCGAUGCCGUCGAUCACAGCACACCAUCCCGCCGUCCUCGCAUCGUUGACGAGAUAUCAGCACCGCGCUCUUCAUCACCUCUGCCAUCAACCAGUAACUCCGCGCCGCCGGCUUCUCUCUCCACGCAAGAAGAAAGUUCUGCCAACGUUAACAGCGACGACUCUGCACCGCCGACGUCUUCCACCUUUCCAGGAGAUUUCUUGUCAAGUACCGUCAGAGGGGAAUAUCCAUCUGACGACGGCGUCAGGGACGACUUCGUGCCGUCGUCUUCGAGCACCAUGCAAAAAGACACCUCGACCGACGAGAUGAGCGACGACUCCGCACCAUCUUCUUACACCACGCAAGAUGGACCUUCCACCGACGACACCAGCGGAGACGCCGCGCCGCCGUCUUCCCACACCAAGCAAGAAGCAACCUCAUCCGAGGCCGUCGGCGACGACGCCGUCCCGCGAUCUUCCCGCACCGCGCAAGACUCAGCGUCAUUUGACGCCAUCAGCUACAACUCCGCGGCAUCAUCUUCCCACAUCGAGCAAGAAGCGGCUUCAUCCGACGCCGUUGGCAACGACUCCGCGCCAUCGACUUCUCACACCUCGAUUACAAACUUCAGCGAACCCAUCUUCUGGUGGGACAGGCGGGAGGGCAGUCCAUGUUGGCAUCAUCAGACAUCUUUCGCUCGACCUUCUUCCCAGUAUGGACGCUGCAACCCGAAGCCCGAGCUCCUCAAGAUUUGGCCGAACCAAUUCUUCUCCCUCCUUGCAAGCGAAUCGCGUUUUAUGGUCUCGACGAAUGCGUCAUUCUACAUUGACGUUGAAGAAGCAGACGAAUUGGUAAAGCCUGUCACAUGCGCCUCCACUUGCCUUGUCACCUGCUCCACCGAUUUCCAGAUCAAUCCGUUCGCAUGGAUGAGCGAGACGUCGGAGGAAGCCUGGGCUGAUGGCGACAACAACCGUGGGCAGAUACUGCUUCACCAUGUCGAUGCUCUCAUCGAAUUCAUCCGGUACUUUCAGCUGCUCUUCCUGUGGCUCGCUCCUUGGAACCUGUUCUCUUUCCUCUGCAUUUCUUCCUCGACACGACAGCGCAGGACCUUUCGGAGAGAAGUCUUUACUAGGAGGAGAGAUGACCAGCAAUCGCGACUGAAAACUCCCACCUCUAUCAAGACCAAGCGGGAUCUCGAACAACUGGACAUGGCAAAUUGCCAUGCUGUCUGGGCGGGUUUCGCCGAAGCUUGGAACGAUCUUGGCGUUGAGUUCUCCCUCGUCCAGACCACUGUCAAGCCGGCUAUGGAGACGGAGAGUUCGUCUUUGAGGAAGCUACGCUCAGUUUCGUACAGGCAUGUGUGUCCCUUGAUCGAGGCUGCGGUUGCAUAUACCGAACAACUUGAUACCGAUUCCGAUUCUGAGGAUGAACACUGCGAAUGCGUGGAUAAGAGCAAGGCUAGUCAGACCAUCGGUCAGAAGGAUACCCAGCAGGAGGACGUCAAAAUCGAGUCGGACCCGAAGACGAUAAGCCAGGCCUCCGAGACCGCUGAGAUCUUGGCCAUCAAAACAACUGAAGAUCCCACUAUUAAGGCCGCUGAACCUCGAGCCGCCGAGAUGAGAUUACCGGCCAUCAAACUCUCUGAGCUAGCUACGAAGGCUACCAGAGUCCAGGUCGUUAAGCAGGCUGUCGAAUCCGAAACCGCUGAACUCGAGAUCAUCAAGCAUCCCGAUGAGGGCAUCAUCGACGAAGAGGACGCAGUCAAGCACGCCGCUCAAGUCCAAGCCACCAGAAACGAUGGCGUGCACACCAGGAAUGAGGAGGUCUUUGGCUCAGCCGUGAUAGAUCCGCAUUUCGAAACCUGA